UCUGCUCACAAGUGUUACAACUUCUUGCAAGUUAUAUGUGUGGGGAACAUUCAUUAUCAACUUAAGAAGGGAAAACAUUGUUAAAUCAAUCAAAUUUAUCCCUCAUGGCAAUGAAUUUUCUUUGGUUUUUAUCUUUUAAGUGAUAAUUCAGUAGUUCUGUUCCCAGUUCAUGCACCAUGUUUCUUGUAGAGGGGCAAAGUAACUUAAAGUUUUUGAAUGCCGUCAGGAUGCGUAUUAUGCAAUUUCGUCGUGGUCGCCUUCUGAAGGUGACAUUAGGAGUAGCUGGAGUGAUAGUAAUUUUAUUCUUCUUAGCAUCAAAUUCCCCUAAUGCGCCUUCAUCUCUCAGAUCAGCUGGUGCUUUUAUGAGUAAAUCCAAACAGGAAGUAGCAUUUUUACCUGACAAGCCUGGCAACUUUGAGCCAACAAAUCCUCCUGCAAGAAAUGGCCCUGGUGAAGGAGGCAAAGCAUAUCAUUUACCACCAAAUAAACAGAAUGAAGGUUCCCAGUCUGUCAGUGAAUAUGGUAUUAACAUGGUGGUUUCAGAUGAAAUCCCUAUGGAUCGUGUCAUACCAGACACAAGGCAUCCAGAGUGCAAGCAUUGGGAAUAUCCUGAAGAUCUUCCAACUACAACAGUAGUUAUAGUGUUUCAUAAUGAAGGAUUUUCAACUUUGAUGAGAACUGUUCAUACUGUUGUUGACAGAUCACCCCCACAAUUUUUAAAAGAAGUUCUUCUUGUAGAUGACUACAGUGAUAAAGCUGCAUUAAAGGAACCAUUAGAAGAUUACAUAACUAGAUGGAAUGGCAAAGUGCGAUUGAUAAGAAAUAAGGAGAGGCAAGGGCUUAUUCGUACACGUACAACAGGAGCUGAAGAGGCUAGAGGAGAGGUUGUGCUGUUUUUGGACGCCCACUGUGAGGUCAAUAGGAAUUGGCUUCCACCUCUUUUAGCACCUAUUUAUAGGGAUAAGAGUACUAUGACUGUACCUGUAAUUGAUGGUAUUGAUCAUGACACUUUUGAAUACCGUCCUGUGUAUGGUGCCGGCAGCAACUUCCGAGGUAUAUUUGAGUGGGGAAUGCUCUACAAGGAAACAGAAUUACCACAAGAAAUAGAACGUCAGAGACAACACAAAAGUGAACCAUACAAAGCACCUACUCAUGCUGGAGGCUUAUUUGCAAUAAACAGAGAGUACUUUCUCAGUCUUGGCGCCUAUGAUCCUGGACUUCUGGUUUGGGGAGGAGAGAACUUUGAGUUAUCAUUCAAGAUAUGGCAGUGUGGUGGCAGUAUAGAAUGGGUACCUUGUUCGCGUGUGGGUCACGUUUAUCGAGGCUUUAUGCCCUAUAAUUUUGGUAAGCUUGCAGAAAAGAAGAAAGGACCUUUGAUUACCAUAAACUAUAAAAGAGUAAUUGAAACCUGGUUUGAUGACAAGUACAAGGAGUACUUUUACACAAGAGAACCAUUAGCAAGGUUUUUGGAUAUGGGUGAUAUUACUGAUCAACUUGCUUUAAAGAAAAGGUUGAAUUGUAAGAGUUUUCAGUGGUUCAUGGAAAAUGUUGCGUAUGACAUGUUGAGGAAGUACCCAGAACUACCUCCAAAUAUUCAUUGGGGAGAGUUAAUACGGUUGAAUAGUGAAGGUCAGUUAGCUGUUGGGGAACGCUGUGUGGAUGCAGAUGGUUUAGGGAUUAAAUUGAUAUUCUGUCGUUUGGGAACAGUAGAUGGACCUUGGCAGUAUGAUGAGGUAAGUGUAAUGCCAUUUGUUCUCAUUGUCAUUAACACAUCAGCAUAG